GAAGUCCCCAGUUCAGUAAUUCAUUUGUUUCCUUGGCAAGCUGAUUGCUGGAAUAUUGCAACUGUUGCAGAUUUUCCUCUGGUUGCUCCAAGGGACCUGAAUGCCGGCUGGUGCAGACAUGGUGUCCCUGCUGCUGCUGUCCCUGCUGUGGGGGGGGUCCCUGCAGGAGGACUGGGAGUACCAGCUUCGAGUGCAGGACACAGUGACGGUGCAGGAGGGUCUGUGUGUGCACGUGCCCUGCUCCUUCUCCUAUCCCUGGAGCUCGUGGUCUACCCGUGAGAGGCCCUACAUGUACUGGUUGCGGAGUGGGGACAGCUCCCAUAACUCUCAGCUUGUGGCUACAAAUGAUCCAACAAAAACCGUGAAGACAGAGUUCGGGGACCGGUUCAACCUCGUCAGGAAGCCCCAGGAAAACGACUGUUCCCUGAGGAUCAGAGAGGCCAGGAGGAGCGACCAGGGACUCUACAAGUUCCAAAUAGGGAAAGACUAUGGGAGAUACACUUACAGAGAUAAGCAGCUGAACCUGCAGGUGGCAGCCCUGACACAGGAACCCGACAUCCACUUUCUGGAGCCCCUGAAGUCUGGCUAUCCCACGAACCUGACCUGUAGUCUGCGGGGAUCCUGUGAAGAAGGAAGACCUCUCAGCUUCUUCUGGAUGGGGGGUGCUCUUGACUCGCUGGACCCCCAGACCCUCCGCUCCUCGGUGCUGACCCUCACCCCAAGGGUGCAGGACCAUGGCAGCAACCUCACCUGUCAGGUGCACCUGCCAGGAGUUCAGGGCACCGUGGAAAGAACCAUCAGGCUCAAUGUCUCCUACGCUCCCCAGAACCUCACCAUCAGCUUCCUCUCCGGCGAUGUCACAGCCCUGAAGUUUCUGGAAAAGGACUGGACCAUUCUCACCCAGGAAGGCCAGAUUCCACGGCUGCUCUGUGUUGCUGAAGGCAACCCCCCAGCCCAGCUGAGCUGGGUCCUGGGGGGACAGACUCUGAGCUCCUCCCAGCCCGCAGACCCUGGGAUCCUGGAGCUCCCUCAGAUACAACUGGAGCAUGAAGGAGACCUCACCUGCCAAGCCCAGAACGCACUGGGCUCCCAGCACAUCUCCCUGCAUCUCUCUGUGGUCUAUCCCCCUCGGCUGCUCAGCCCCUCCUGCUCCUGGGAGGGCGAGGGGCUGCACUGUAACUGCUCCUCCCGUGCACAGCCCGCCCCCAUCCUGCACUGGAGGCUGGGGGAGGAGCUGCUGGAGGGGAACCACAGCAACGCCUCCUGGACCGUCACCUCCAGCCUUGCAGGGCCCUGGGCCAACAGCUCCCUGAGCCUCAGUGGGCCGCUGGGCUCUGGCCUCAGACUCAGCUGUGAGGCCCGGAAUGACCACGGGAAACAGAGCGCCGCUGUCCUGCUGCUCCCAGGGAAACCAGUGCUCCUGGCAGGAGCAGUGCCCGCAGCUCUUGGAGGUGCUGGUGCCAUGGCUCUGCUGUCCCUAAGUUUGUGCCUCCUCUUCUUUUGCGUAGUGAAGGCCCGCAGGAAGCAAGCAUCUGGGAGCCGAGAGGGCCUGGAUGAUGAAGAUCCUGUCAUGGGUACAGUGGCCUGGUCUCCUGAUGGCCACUCCAGCCUUGGUCCUGCUGUGGUCCAGCUACACUGGCUUUCUCACGGUCUCCAUACACACCUGCUCCCCUACGACUUGGAGCCUUUGCAUGUACAGUUCCUCCAAACUCCUGUCCCCGUUUCCACUAGACCACCUCUUGUGAUUGCCAUUCCAGCUCCAGUACCAACACCGUCUGCUCAGGGAAGCUUUUGCCAUCCCCCUCCCUGACAGUGUCUGUGUCUCUUUCUCAAAGAGAGAGCUCCGUGUCUAUCCCUGUCUUGAGGGGCACCAUACACAACAUCACUGCCUUUGCUUGUCUCUGCCCUGUUGUAUUUGUGACUUCUUUGCGGGCAGGGGACUGCAGUUGUCUCUCACUCCAUGUGCAACAUGUCCCCUCUCACCUCUUACAAAAUUGCACCCAUGUCACUCUAAAUGGAGUUAUCCAAAAUGCUUGAUUUGUGACCAACCCCUUAUUGCAGGAACAAGCAUUGUUCAUUUGUGCUUACUCCUUUUGUUCAUGAUAUGAUAAGCAGCUGUGACCCUAGUAUCCAACCGAAGACCUCAAACACUGACCCUAACUUCCAUACACUCAGGUUGCUCUGUGACCCCGUCCCCAGGAACCACUGCUGAGUCUUUUCUUGCUAGCGUUAUCCCAUGGACAUACGCCUAAAAGAGUCGCUGUUUAGUUUCAUUGCUUCUGCACCAACAAAGGUUGUCACGUUCUGUGCAUUCUUCUAGGACUUGAUUUUGUAGACCCAGCGCCGUGAGUUACGUCAUGGAGAAUCAUCUGUGUUGCGGGACAUUGCCGCUGUCUGUUUCAUUUUAUGAUUAUGUCUUUUGCUUAAGAUCCUACUGCUGGACAUUUGAAUUGUUCCAGAUUUCUGGUUCAUAUGUCAUUGCAUUCACAUGGAAGAGUUUUUCUUCAUUGUUACAUAAGAAUUUAGUUACUAGGUGGGAGGGUAUGUGAAUGUUCUGGUUGACCAGGUUUUCCAGAGCAAACGCAUCCGUUUAUACAUCCAUCUAUGCCUAUCAGAUGCUGUUGGUCUAUAAUCUCUGUAGCACUUGGUUUUCUGAUUUUUUUUUCCAUCUCACUAUCUUACUCUGGUAUUGAUUUGCAUUUCUUUGGUUGUCAAUGAGGAUGAAAAUGUCUCUGCCUUCACUGGUAUAUGAACACCUCCUCUCUAAAAUGCCUGGUCCCAUCAGCAGCCCAUUUUCCUAUUGGGUGUUCGACUUUGUUAUUGAAUUUAUUGGAGAGUUUUAUACAUUUUCAUACUAGUUUUCCUCUAUUAUAUGCAUUGUAAGUAUCUUCUCCAGUGAGUAACUUGUCUUCACUUUUUAAAGGUGACCUUGAUGAAGGUUAGUUCUUAAUUGUAAUAUAACCAUAUUCAACAAUCUCUUCCUUUCUGUUGAGUGACUUUGGGUCUCAUUUAAGAAAAUCUUUCUUACCCUAGGAUUAGAAGGAUAUUCAAGUGUAGUUUCUUAAAAAAAAAAAAAAAGAUUUUAUUGGGGCACCUGGGUGGCUCUGUUGUUAAAUGUCUGC